UUCCAACUCCUCUCAUCUUCUCGAGGCAGUCACCGCCAUGGCCUUGAUCUCCUACACGCCUACUGGCGCCCUCCAAAUCACCAUCCCGCCCGCCGACUGCGCUUGCGGCCAUGCCCACCCCUCCACCAUGGACGAAUGGGACGGCGUCAUCCGCACCGCGUCCAAGUGGCUCUCGGACCACGCGCCCGUCUGUCGCGGCUUCAGCGGCGUCGAGCCAUGGGCCCGCGGCGACUCGCCCGUGACACUCCUCAUUGCGCGCCGGCCGAAACAGGACGUCGCCGGGCCGAGCGAUAGAGGAAAGCAGACGCGCUCCGCGUUCGGGUGCGACGCGUGCAAAAAGCGCAAGAUCCGCUGCGAUCAGGGGCGGCCGGUGUGCAAUAACUGUUGUGCGAGCUCGAGGAAGCGCGCACGCAGGUGCGUGUACGCAUACGACAUCAUCGUGCGGCCCAACCAAGCGGAGGAUCCGGCGCUGGAGAGCUUGAGGGCCGAUAGCACGCCUGGCCCCUCGUCGCGCAGUAUGAGCAUCGACACCUCGCUGGUAAUGCGGGUGAAGCAGUCGCCCGAGUCUGACAUUCAUCCCGACCCUUCAGAUCCCGCGCAAUUACGCCCGAACGCCGUCGACGCCGAAGCCCUCUCAACCCUUGUUGACAUGCACGGCCUGACAUGGUUCAUGAACGCGGCCGAGAUCGUGGAGAAACAGGUUCUCUCCUCAAAUCAGCGCCGCGCCUUUACGGAAUAUCGUCAAGCUGUUCUCGAGCGCUGCUGGAACGCGUACAUCAACUACAACGGCAAGCUUCCCCUCGAUUUGCCCUCUACGCCCGUCGACACGCCCGGCCAGCUCGCGUCGGCGAUGAGCUCGAUGAUCGCCCUUCCGGGCCUUGACAGCCUCUCCUCGCCCUCCGCCGACACCGUGACUCCCGAGCAGCUCGCUGACCUCACCCAAGCCGCACUACUGCACGCGUUCGUGAGCGUCGGCGCUACGCACUACGCCUACUGGGCUGGCAAGAAGGGCGAGCCAGCGGAAGAUCAUGUGCGCGGCGGCGCCGCGCUCAUCCAGCUGAGCACGAAUGCGCUCCUCCAAGUCUUGAGGUUGCAGGAGGCGCGCGCGGCACGCGACGAGGAGUGGGAGGAGGAGAUCGACGCCAAGCUCCUUAUCGCCUUCUCACUCGCUCUCACGUACAGGGUAUGCGCCAUCGACCCGCUGGGCCCCGCAACGCUGCGGCUCGAGUGCGAGUGGAUCGCGCGGCGCGGUGGGCCAGCCGCGAUGAUCCGGGACGCGGUGCCGACUCCGGCGCAAAUGGAGCUCAUUCCUGCUGUACUCAACGACGCGAUUUAUGCGCUCCAGCGCGGCGAGCCGAGUUUCCUGCCUCCCGACCCGACCUGGCUCGAAAGCAUCCCCGUGGCCCACCGCCUCGUCCCCGAGGGCUACGGCAUCUCGCUUGAGAUGGCCAAGUUCCUCCUGGAAACCGUGGCUGUUCUGUACGGCCCCUGCGCAGACCGCGCAUCGCGCCUCUCGGCCCUACACCACACACUCUCGUCGGCCCUAGUCGACAUCUACGCGUCUGCGCACCCCGCACGCGUCCAAGCCGGCGACAUGCUGUACCGCCAAGCCCUGAUCUGCCUGGUGUGCCUAGACGGUCUCGGCCUGCCGCCCGACGACGCGCAGCUCGUCGCCGCAAGCGACGCCAUCCUCGAGCUCUUCGCCGAAGCAGUAUACGGCGACAUUUAUACUGUGCGCUGGGCGUUCCCGCUCCUCGUGGGCGGCGGGCUCGCGCGCCGUCUCACAGAGGAGGAGAGAGAGCGGGGCGAGCGCGAUCGCCGCGCGGAGGCAGGCCGCAUCUUCGACGCUAUGGCGGAUACGUGCGGCCUCGCGGACAUCGAGGCCGCGCGCGCGCUGACGGAACAGGUGUGGGCGCGCCGCGAUCAGGGCUUGCCGUGGCGCUGGAGGGAUACGAUGCGCGCCAUGGGGGUGGAGUUAUUCUUCGUGUGAGAGUGGCCUCGGAAGGCAGAUUCAUCGCCACGCGGCCGGGGCGCGUGCACGCUUCUCGGAAGGUUGAGGCCGUCACGGACUCCGCCCAGCUCCCAGCUCCCAGCUUCCAGAGCCAGGCCGCACGACUAUGGCUGCAGUAGAACUGAGCCGUAUUGUCGGCAAGGCGGCU